GCGGAGGGACCUGCUGCUUCCGUCCACCUUCCGGCCCGCCAGGGACGCUGGGACGGCUGCUGUCAGGAUGCCGCUCUGCCACUGUGCAGUGAAGCACAGCGAGUCUGACAUGGAGGGGUGCCGUUUCUCGCAGGCUGGAGGACUGAGGGUGUACCUUCACUGGAAGGGGGAGGAGGAAGAGGAGCAGUAUAGGGUUUACACCCAGGGGUCACCGUGUGCCGAAGAGAUCUGCAUCGAUAUCGCGCAGAAGAUCGGGAUCACCCCGAUCUGCUACAGUCUGUUUGCCCUCUAUGACCCGCAAGCCAAGCUGUGGUUCCCUCCCAACCAUGUCUUCGAAAUCGCCGGCGGAAUCAAGUUGACUCUGCAUUUCCGGAUGCGAUACUAUUUCCGAAACUGGCACGGGAUGAACGAGAAGGAGCCGGCCGUCUGCCGCAGCAUCCCUCGCCUGAGCGACGUGGAGGACAAGAGGGGGGACCAAGGCAGCGCCCUGCUGGAUAAGUCGUCCUUCGAGUACCUCUUUGAGCAGGGAAAAUAUGACUUCGUCAACGACGUCGCCUCUCUGAAAGACCUCCACAGCGAGCCGGAAGUCCACCAGUUCAAGAACGAGAGCCUGGGCAUGGCGGUCCUCCAUCUCUGCCACAUGGCCCUCCGGAGGGGCGUCUCCCUCGAAGAGGUGGCUGAGAGAACCAGCUUCAAAGAGUGCAUCCCCCGCUCCUUCUGCCGGCAGAUCCAGCAGAACAACUACCUGACCAAGUUCCGCAUGAAGAACAUCUUCAAGAAGUUCGUGCAGCGCUUCCAGCGGCACACGAUGAGCAGCGGGAAGCUGACCGAGCAGGACAUCAUGUACAAGUACCUGGUGACCUUGGAGAACCUGGCUCCUCGCUUUGGGAGCGAGCGGUUCCCGGCCGUCUCCCUAGAGACGGUUUCCGGAGGGGAGACGGUGCCGCUCUACAUCAACGGCGGGCACACCCCUCUUGAGAACUCCCACGAUGCUCCGGACAGCAACAGACCCGCCACCCACGAGGUCAUGAUCACGGGCACCGAAGGCAUUCAGUGGCGGCUCAUGUCCACUGAGAGGAUAGAAAGCCAUCCGCACAGGGGUUAUUUGGGGAGGAAGGCCAAGACUAAGGACCACAAACCCAAUGGGCCCUACCAGCCGGUGGAAAAAUGUGAACCCAAGUGGGUGCGCUUCUGCGACUUCCAGGAGAUCACACACAUCAUCGUCAAGACCUGCAAAGUCAGCAUCCAUCGCCAAGACAAUAAGUGCCUGGAUCUGACUGUUCAGUCCCACGAGGCCGCUCUGUCCUUGGUGUCCCUGGUAGACGGUUACUUCAGGCUGACAGCGGACUCCAGCCACUACCUGUGCCACGAGGUCGCUCCGCCACGGCUGGUGAUGAGCAUCCAGAACGGCAUCCACGGCCCGAUGCAGGAGGAGUUUAUCUUGGCCAAGCUGAAGCGGGAGGAGCAAGAGGACGGUCUGUACGCCCUCCGCUGGAGCGUCGUGGACUUCAACAGAAUGAUUCUGUCCGUGUUGAAGAGAGGCCAGAACGGCCGGAUACAGGAUGCCACAAACUGCAGACAGUUCCGGAUCCAGAGGAAAGGAAAUUCCUUUGUGCUGGAAGGCUGGGGGCAGAAGUUUUCCAGUGUCCAGGAACUGAUGAACGCUCUCAAAGGCUGCACGUUACGAUCUGGAAACGAUACCUUUGUUUUAAAGCGGUGUUGUCUCCCAAAGCCUGGAGAAAUCUCGGACUUGCUGAUCACGCGGAAAGUGAAAGACAGCAGCCGGCAGAUUCUGAACCUGACCCAGCUGAGCUUCCACCAGAUCCGGAAGAAUGAGAUCACCCAGAGGGCCCACUUGGGGCAAGGGACCCGCACCAACAUCUACGAGGGCACGUUACGUGUGUGUGGCGGGAACGCUGGCGAUGAGGAGACGGAGUAUUUUUCCACGGAGCAGAACAACAACAGCCGGGAGAUGCGAGUGGUGCUCAAGAUGCUGGAUCCCAGCCACAGGGACAUCGCACUGGCAUUCUUCGAGACGGCGAGCCUGAUGAGCCAGGUCUCCCACAUCCACUUGGCGUUUAUGCACGGGGUUUGCGUGCGGGGCUCAGAGAACAUAAUGGUGGAAGAGUACAUCGAACACGGCCCUUUGGAUGUCUUCUUGCGCAAAAACAAAGGGCGGGUUACGGUUGGCUGGAAGUUCACUGUUGCCGCGCAGCUGGCGAGCGCCCUGAGUUACCUGGAAGACAAAAACCUGGUGCACGGUAACGUCUGUGCCAAGAACAUCCUGUUGGCCAGGAAGGGCCUAGAAGACGGCUUGAAGCCUUUCAUUAAGCUCAGCGACCCCGGAGUCAGCUUCAGCGUUCUCUCCCGAGAAGAGCGAGUCGACAGGAUUCCAUGGAUCGCCCCUGAGUGCGUCAGAGACAUCAGCAGCCUCAGCACCAUGGCCGACAAAUGGAGCUUUGGGACCACGCUGCUGGAGAUCUGCUUCGAUGCGGACGUGCCCCUGAAAGAACGCACGCCCUCUGAGAAAGAGCGUUUCUACGAGAAGAAGCACCGUCUCCCGGAGCCGUCUUUCAAAGAGCUCGCCACCUUGAUCAGCCAGUGCCUCAACUACGCUCCCGAGGAGCGGCCGUCCUUCCGAACCAUCUUGCGGGACCUCACCCAGCUGCAGCCAAACAAUCUCCUUGACAUCACCGCUGUCGGCCCCGUCUGCCCCGUGUCCGACCCGACCGUCUUUCAGAAGCGGUACUUGAAGAAGAUCCGAGAUCUGGGAGAGGGUCACUUCGGCAAGGUGAGCCUGUACUGCUACGAUCCCACCAACGACGGCACGGGCGAGAUGGUGGCCGUGAAGUCCUUGAAGUCAGGCUGCAGCCUGCAGCUCUUGGCCAGCUGGAAGAAGGAGAUUGAGAUCCUGAAGACGCUCUACCACGAAAACAUUGUCAAAUACAAGGGCUGCUGCAGCGAGCAAGGGGAAAAGGUGGUGCAGCUCAUCAUGGAGUAUGUCCCCCUGGGGAGCCUCCGGGAUUACCUUCCGAAGCACCACGUCAGCCUGGCCCACAUUCUCCUCUUUGCCCAGCAGAUCUGUGAGGGGAUGGCGUACCUCCACUCCCUCCGCUACAUCCACCGGGACCUAGCGGCCCGGAACGUGCUCCUCGAGAACGAGAACGUGGUCAAGAUCGGAGACUUUGGCCUGGCCAAAGCCAUCCCAGAAGGGCACGAGUACUACCGGGUGUGCGAAGACGGAGACAGCCCGGUCUUCUGGUAUGCCAUGGAGUGCCUGAAGGAGUGCAAGUUUUACUACGCCUCCGACGUCUGGUCCUUUGGGGUGACCUUGUACGAGCUCUUGACACACUGCGAUCCUAGUCAGAGCCCCCCAACGAAAUUCAUCGAGAUGAUCGGCGUCACUCAGGGGCAGAUGACCGUGCUGAGGCUGAUCGAACUGCUGGACAGGGGGAGGCGGCUGCCCAGCCCCAAGGAGUGUCCUUGCGAGAUCUACCGCCUGAUGAAAAACUGCUGGGAAUCGGAAGCCUCCUUCCGCCCCGCCUUCGCCAACCUCGUGCCCAUCCUCAAGGCCUUCCACGAGAAGUACCGCGCCCAGGCGCCCUCGGUCUUCAGCGUCUGUUGAGCGGGAGGGUGGAGACCCUUCCCCAGAGCCUACGCUCUCAUUUGCACUCAGUGUCCCGAUGCCGUCUCCGCAUCUGGAAAGCCACGGUGCCGCGGAAGCCGCUUUGGCGUGACCGGCCUGCCUUGGGGACGCCGCCUUCCGACACUCGACCUCCGGAACUGAUGCCAAACGUCCCUGCCUUGGCGGAGGGGGGCCGGUCCCCCUCCCACCAAAUGUGAAACUGCUUGAGAAACUGCUUGAGCCCACCCAAUUUCUCCUUUGCUCCAAACAAAGGCAGAUGCGGGUCACGAGACAAUGCCUGCUGUCGUACACAACGCUUACCUGAGCUGACUUGCACUAUACCUUCAUGGACCUCUGGGCCCGUCAGUCAGUCUAGUGUGGACUAAGUGAGCGGCUUGGGUCGGAAGGACGCCGGGUCCUGCCGUGUUAGGGAAGUCAAGACUGCGGGGGAAACAGCUGUGUUGGAGUGGAUGUGCGAGGCAUAGAAUACUUAGGGCUACAUCUACUUGCCAGCCAGAGGGAACACCACCUGGCUGUUUCCUUUUCCCUGCAACACCUUUCUAAGGAAAUACUUGUGUGUUAUUCUACCCCCCACCCCGCCCGAGACCCUGCCUUUAAUCUACGUUCAAAGCCAAUGCUUUGGAUGCCCAAAGAUAUGUGAACUCGCCUUUCUUUCCCAUUCCCCUAGUUCCUGGGUAUUUAACAACCGCUGGACCGUCUACAUUUCUCCGAUGCCACGCACCUCUGCCUGCGGCAAGUUCAUUUUGCCUCCAGUCCUUGUCUACCCACAAAGAGGGUCGAGGGGACUGGACUCCGAGGGAAUGCCUGUAUGGAAUGUCUGGCAGUAAAAGUUGGUGCAUCUUCAUGGAGAGGCCUUGGGUUUGCUCCCCAAGAACAGAUCCCGCCUGCCUCCCUGAUGGCUUUGAGACGGCUUGCGAUCGCAGCAACCUGUCGUCUGCGAAUGUGCUCGGAGGUCCACCGUGCACCACGUUCAUUUGGAAUAAUUAAAGUCUCUCUUCCUUUCCUUCCUUUUGCUGUUGCUGACCAGAAAAAUGUGAAUUUGAAGGAGGAAUGGGGGUGGGGGGCAGUGGUGGAAAGGAAACGGUGGGCCGGUAAAUCCUACUGAAACUGCAGAACGAGCAAAGCUUUGCAGCGACUGCCCUGGUUGCUACUACCCAUUAACCAAGCCUGAGUAGCAACCGUGCCCCCUGCUGGCCAGCCGGCACCCUGGCGAAACCAGCGGCUGCGUAUACCUCUGAGGAAGGGACGUCUUGCCAUUCGGGGGCCUUUUUUUGCAUUUGAAACCACAGGAACUUUUUGUUUCCCGUUUCUGGGCCCCGUCUCCACCCUUGCGAGACUCACAUUGGACACUCAGUUCUGUUUCCAUGGAUGUG